AUGUCAACAAGAGCUGAAUGUAGGAAACCUUUAGAAAUGAAAUUUAAGGAAACUCGACAAGGUGAAAGGUCAUUUAAAUGUCCAGAAUGUGGGAAAUCAUUUAUUACAAAAACAAAUCUUGUUGAACAUCAGAGAAUUCACACAGGAGAGAAACCGUAUUCAUGUACAGAAUGUGAGAAGUGUUUUCGUCAGAAGUCAAUUCUUUUUCGACAUCAGAGAAUUCACACAGAGGAGAAGCCGUUUUCAUGUACAGAAUGUGAGAAGUGUUUUAGUCGGAAGUCAUAUCUUGUUCAACAUCAGAGAAUUCACACAGGAGAGAAACCGUAUUCAUGCUCAGAAUGUGAGAAGAGUUUUAGUUAUAAAAUAAAUCUUGCACGUCAUGAGAAAAUUCACACAGGAGAGAAGCCGUUUUCAUGUACAGAAUGUGAGAAGUGUUUUCGUCAGAAGUCAAUUCUUUUUCGACAUCAGAGAAUUCACACAGAAGAGAAGCCGUUUUCAUGUACAGAAUGUGAGAAGUGUUUUAGUCAGAAGUCACAUCUUGUUCAACAUCAGAGAAUUCACACAGGAGAGAAGCCGUUUUCAUGUACAGAAUGUGAGAAGUGUUUUAGUCAAAAGUCAGAUCUUGUUCAACAUCAGAUUAUUCAUACAGGGAUAAAGCCAUUUAAAUGUACAGAAUGUGAGAAAUGUUUUAAUGAUAAAUCAACUCUUUUGAAACAUCAGAGAAUUCACACAGGAGAGAAACCGUAUUCAUGUACAGAAUGUGAGAAGUGUUUUCGUCAGAAGUCAAUUCUUUUUCGACAUCAGAGAAUUCACACAGAGGAGAAGCCGUUUUCAUGUACAGAAUGUGAGAAGUGUUUUAGUCGGAAGUCAUAUCUUGUUCAACAUCAGAGAAUUCACACAGGAGAGAAACCGUAUUCAUGCUCAGAAUGUGAGAAGAGUUUUAGUUAUAAAAUAAAUCUUGCACGUCAUGAGAAAAUUCACACAGGAGAGAAGCCGUUUUCAUGUACAGAAUGUGAGAAGUGUUUUCGUCAGAAGUCAAUUCUUUUUCGACAUCAGAGAAUUCACACAGAAGAGAAGCCGUUUUCAUGUACAGAAUGUGAGAAGUGUUUUAGUCAGAAGUCACAUCUUGUUCAACAUCAGAGAAUUCACACAGGAGAGAAGCCGUUUUCAUGUACAGAAUGUGAGAAGUGUUUUAGUCAAAAGUCAGAUCUUGUUCAACAUCAGAUUAUUCAUACAGGGAUAAAGCCAUUUAAAUGUACAGAAUGUGAGAAAUGUUUUAAUGAUAAAUCAACUCUUUUGAAACAUUUAAAAAUUCACACGAGGAAGUAG